CGCCUUUAUCGAGUUCCAGUGAGCUGCAGCUGGACUUGCGUCUGCGCAGCUCCAUUGGUUUGUGAGCCAGAUUGGGCCAAUACCAUUUUCAAGCCAUUUGCUCAUAAUGGAUCCUAUGGAUUUCGUGCUAUCAAGCAACCACCACCGGGCUUCCGGCCAUUAUGACCCUGUGCAUUCUGCCUCAAACCAUUGGGCACCACAUUCUCAGACACAGAACUCACCUGCGUAUCCAUGGCACGCCCAAAACCCAAGCUUACCUCACCUCUACUCACAUCACUAUGCCAUGCCGCCACACAGCUCUGUUCCAGAUCCGUAUGGGCAUCAUGCAGCUAUGUUACCACCAAUGUUAGGCAUGCCGUCUCCGGGCCCGUUUGCAGGUAGCAUGCCUGGGCCAGCAUCGCCACGGCCAAAUGGCCGUGCUCAUGCGUAUCGCAACAGUAUGCCGGUUGCCGUUGCUCCAAUACCUUCUGGCACUGGUAGCUACAGUCACGAUGCAGCGUUCGCAAACCAAAUUCCUGCCAACAGACCUUCAGAUUUUCAGCCACAGGGACUCGGUCUGGGCAUGCCUCCCCUCGGAGCCGGCCACCAGGAAGUUAAUUCACUACACCGUUCGGCAUAUGUCCAUGGCGACUCAAGCGCCAAUGGUAUGAAUCAUAGCAACACUGGUUACUUUCCACAGUUUCUCCCAGCCCCGCUACCCCCUCAAACUUUCAUCCCGACAUCGACAAGAAGAAGCCACUUCACUGCUGCAUCGUCAUCAUCCAGGUCAUUCGGUAAUCUUCCCUCUCCUACCAGGCCUCCUCCUUCGUCAUCUGGAUUUCGUCGAUCUCACCCCAGACAACGCAGGCGCAUAAUGUCGACAGAGUCCGGACACGACGACAAUGAGGAUGACGGGUAUCAUGGCCAUCAUGAGCAUGUUCUCCACAGUCCGAAUGGUUCCGAGUCAUCACCAGAGGUGGAGGAGGCCUUAAUCCGACAGAUGCAAUUUGUCAGAGGCUCUUUGACGACCAAGAUGGUGGCUUCCCAGCUAACGCUCCAGUCACUCAUGAGCGUCAAGCUUGAGGACUUAGCUGAGACAGACCGAAGUUGUGUAAUUUGCUAUAACGAAUACGGCGUUGAUACUCCAGAAGGUAUUAAAGAGGCUCCUCUUCGUCUACCAAAAUGUGGACAUGUUUUUGGCAACCACUGCAUCAAGAAGUGGUUGGAGGAUUCGGAUAGUUGCCCUUACUGUCGAGACAGACUACAUUCAGAACCUAAGGCACAGACAAAUUCGUCCGCCGCCGCAUUCCUAAGCUUGAUGAGAAAUAGAGGCGCGAGCAUCCAUCCAGUGAUGGCAGCAAGUGGUCCACAUGAUGAGGCUCUGGCACGGGCAAUUAUGGCCACGUAUGGAGCCGCAGAUCCACGGAACAAUGGCUCGCCUCGAUAUUCUGCACAAGUACCUGGAGAUGGAAGGCCACCACCUAGAGAAGGUGCUGAACACCAGCACCGUCGACUUCGAACGCGGUACGGCAGCUCAUCCACGCGUGACAACUUUGCCUUGCCCGAAAAUCGCAGCCAGGCAGCGUCGACAUCUUCACAGCCUGUGACGACUGGUUCUAGUCUAUCAGCCAUACCGCAGCAAACGGAACGUCCCCUUAUGGAAAGACAGAUACAAGAGUGGACGGGUGUACCCACCCAGAAUGCAAACGACGGAUCGAUGAUGGUCCGGGAUCGCAACGCUGAAACAGAAUCAUCAACUGGAGCGACGCCAGUAGUCUUGCCAGUCUCACCUUUAUAUGCAGCACAAGAGGAUGAAGCUCAACACUCAAAUCUCAGAACUCUUCGGAACCCAUUGCAAACACAGACGGGUUCCCCAUUUGAGGGUUUGGGGAACAACGAAGCUGCGCCGGAUAUGACAUAUCACGGCAACCGCAAUUGGUGACGUGCCAUUUUGUGACACAAUCUUGACUUUAUCUCCCGAAAGAAUUGGAAGAAAAGGUGGCGGAACAAAGAACGACGGAGAACAGAUGCGUUUGCGAUAACCUAGUCAGCCGCGCAAAGGCUACUGGCUCCUUGGAGUACGGGAUCGCAGUCGCAACAUAAUAGGUGGACUUUGACAUGGGAAUUCGGGACUCGCAAAAUACAUGAGGUCAGAGGCCUUUUGGCACGGGUUGGCGUUGAGUAUGAUGGUAUGGCCAUGGUUGAAAACGCACCAGAUCAAGGGAUUUUUGGUAUGUUUCUGGUUGAUACCACCAAUGAUUGGAAGGGAAGUGUUUUGAAGGGGCACAUGCAAAGAGACUGAAUUGUUCACUACUCCAUAUCCAGCAAUCAAUAGGUAGGCGACCUAUCGCUGUAGCGGAAUUAGCGAUAAUAUUGAAUGAAAUACUUUACAUAGUAAGGGUUGACACUCC